AUGACGGAAAAAGCAACCAAGCAACAACGUAUAAUCAUUGAUUCUAGUGGUACAUGGGAUUGUUCAUUAUGUACAUAUAAAAAUCCUUGCAUAAUAUUUCGAUGUGAAAUGUGUGGUACUCAUAAAGGAACAGCCACUCGAAAACCUAAAUUAGUACUAAACUUCCUAUCAGAACAAUUGGCCAAAUCGAAACGUAAAACAAAUGAAGAUUAUUUUUCUGAUGUGGCAUUUACAGACGAUGAUGAUGAUGAUAAUGAUGAAUCGGAAAACAAUCUACGUAAAACUAAUCAUUAUAAUCGUCUGCGACGAGCAAGUCAUAAUGAAAAUAAUUCUUCAGCAUCUCUAAAAACAAACGAUCAUUCAAAUUUAUCAAGAAGGAAAAAAUCCACAACGGAUAAACACAAAGAUAUGAAUAAAAACCAAAGGUCCAAUGUUCAUAAUCAGAAAAACACACGAGAUUCUCGACAACAAAAAAAAAAGGCUGCUAGAUUUUCUUCCAUGUCAUCAUCCAUCGAUAGUACAACGAUUGUAACUGUCGAUGGUAUAUCAGUUCAAAUUAUUGAACUAUCACCUAUGGAAGCCGAUUCGUUCGCAACUAAUAACACUAGUUCCAAUGAUUCAGCCGCAUCUCGAACAUCUUCACUUGAUAAUUCAAGCAUCUAG